AAUAACUUCGCAAUUACCAUCAGUAACAUGUUUGCCAGUUCAUUUACCUGGUGAACAAACUAUAUUAUGGGAAGGUAAUAAUAACCUUUCUACUUUACAAUGUUAUUUUCUCUGCCCAACAAAUAUAGAAUUUGAUGCACUUAUUUAUUUAAAUGGUAUAUUAUACUCAAACUUUCAAGAUGUAGCAUAUGUCUUUGGAUUACUAGAGGAUAUAAAUGAAAAUGAGCAAUGCUUUGCUGAAGCUGUAACUUACAAAUGUACUCCAGCACAGCUUAGAUUGCUUUUUUGUUGUCUUAUACUAGAAGGUAUAGUGGCACAAUCUGUUUGGCAAAUCCAUCAUGAAUUAUUAUUAGCAGAUUAUAUUAAUAAGAAAGGUGAUAUCCAACAAGGAGAGAAUGAUGCUUUAAUGUGGAUAGCAAGUUUUUUAGAAGAGCAUG